AUUGUGAAUUUGAGCAUAGCCUGUUUGCAAGGUGAUUUUUGUGGAUUUCUCUUCUCCAAUAUUCUCUUUACAAUUUGUUUUACUUUUACUUCAACCUCGUUUUGACAAAAAAUCGAAAGUUAAACAUAUGUCAAUUAAUAUAUCUCUGUUUAAAAGAUGGAAAAAUGUCUUGAUUUAUGUUAGAACUUAUGCUGAACUUAUUAGACCAGCUCAGUUUGAGAUAGAAAAAGGAUAAUCAAUAUUUCAUUCAAAUUUAAUCUGUCCCAAUUGAUUGAAAUUCAAGCUAAAAGUAAUUCACCAGGGCCGUUUAAAAAUAUUAUUUGUGGCAAAAUUUACAUAAAUUAUGCAGUCAGAAUGACGACGCUAUUCUCUUAGAUAAUAAUAAAUAUUCUUUUAGUAAGAAGUAAAUGAAAUGAAUAUAUCCUCUUUUUACUUCUGAAUCUGUCAUUCUGAGCUAAACUUGAAAACAGGGCUGAUUUUCUAGACUAUCAAUUACUUUCUCGCAUCAGUGAAAAGGACAGUAGCUUGGGUGUGGCAUAGAGCGCUGUCAUAUCCAUGCAAAGUGCUGCACGUACACACACACACACACACACACAGCAUUGAGCUUGGGGAAUGGGUGUUGUUUGUACGCAGACCUUUGAAAAAGCUCAUAAGCUGGAGAACAGUUAGCAGUGAAGGAGUACCGCCCAUUUUUCUCUCUCUCCGUUUUGGUUUCACCGCCACAGAAAAAGGAAUACUUUGGGCUUAAAAUCUUUGCUUCGUUUGAGCAGGAUUUGUUAUUUGAGGAUAAGCAAUUGCUUUGGGAAAAGGUGGGAUUGAGUUUGGAAUCAUCUGUUUCAUCUAGUUUAUCAAUAAUCACUUCAGAAUGGCUUUAGAAGGCUGCGCCAGGAUCGUUAAGAUCCUUAUGUUUAUCUUCAACUUUAUCUUCUUUGUCGCUGGUAUCGUUGUGCUCGCUGUCGGUAUCUACGUCAACGUCGUCGACGGAGACUUCGCUCAGAUCCUCCCCAGCUUACCGUACCUCAGCGCAGGCAAUCUCCUGAUCGCAUGCGGUGUCAUCGUCCUCGUCGUUGGGUUCCUCGGAUGCUGCGGUGCCAUCAAGGAAAGCCCAUGCAUGCUUCUCAUCUUCUUCUUCUUGCUCCUACUCAUCCUCAUCCUGGAAAUCGCUGCUGGUGCCCUUGCCUUCACAUACAGGAACAGGGUUGAAGAGUUUGUCAUCAAGGAUCUUACCGCUGGACUCUCACAGUACAACAAGUCUCAGUCACUUACCAAGGCAUGGGAUAUCCUUCAGUCAGAUCUGAAAUGUUGCGGUGUCAACGGAUCCUCAGACUGGUUGACUUCCAACGCCACGCUGACAGGAAGAUAUCCAGACUCGUGUUGUAAGGAUGGGUUCGAAGAGAACUGUGCAACAAUGACUGGUGCUAUGCCAUGGGAUGUGGGUUGCCAAGGAAAACUCACGAUGAAGCUCCGCGAUAACAUCUACAUUGUUGGUGCCAUUGGAAUUGCAUUCGGUCUUAUUCAGAUCCUCGGUCUGGUGUUCUCCAUGUGCCUCUACUGCUCCAUAAGAGACGGAACUAAGGCAUAAGAUGGGGUACCGGUCUUUAGUAUAUUUAAAUGGUUACAUCAAUUAUGCAUGAUUUGUAAUUAACUUAAUAAAUUCAGUGUCACAAAAUAAUGUAAGGGACAGAGGGGUUUUUGUUACAAUUUUUCCAUGAGUGGUUCCAAUAUUUUCUCAAGAUAUAAUAUUUAAGUUAUUGAAAGCUGGGAGAUUUUCUUUUAAAUUGUGUACAUGUUAAUUUUGAUUUUCAAUGAAUGUUGAACUUUGUUGCUGUGAUUUUUACGAUUUGAAUGCGAUGAAUGUCAUAUGCCUAGCAUGCUACUGCCAUAAGGUGAUCACGUGAUCACCAUGGGGUGAACAUGUGAUUGCCAUUCGGUGAUCAUGUGAUCGCCAUGGGGAUCAUAUGAUCAUCAUAUGGUGACCAUGUGAUCGUUGUCUGAAAGUCAUGUCAAGGGCAUACCAGUAGCAUUCCAUUGUAUACAUUCACCAUUGUGACAUUUCACCUGUGACGUUUCACCUUUGACCUAGUUACCUUAACUAGGAUAUAGUGAACUCUUGAAAAACUGCCUUUUCUAAAAUGUUAACUUUAUCUUCUUUCAAUUUAUUCUUCUACCAACAAUCUAUUUUUUCAUACUGAAUUUUUCGUCUUCCUUCUAGAAGCAAACUACUUCUUUUUUUUACCUCACAUCAUUGCUGGGUCGAACAAAAGGCAAUAUUAUUUUGUAGAUUUUAAUUCUCGAAUUGAUAUCGAAAACAAUUUAUCCUUUUUAUACAAAAAAAUUGUCACAUUUUUUCUUACCACGAUUGCAAAGUUGUUGGGCAGUCUAAUUAAAUGAUUAAACAAUGUUAACGAAACUCUGAAGAGAGAUAAACAAAAGUGACACAAUUAAUUUGGUAUUUGGCAAAAACAUAUUUUCAUAAGAGAAGAUAAUUGCAGUAGGUAUGCUGGAGCUAAACAUUGUAAAUAUUUACAAAUUUGUUAUUUGGGGAUGAAUGUGAAGCUACUUCACUUUUUUUCAGAAUUGUACUUAACAACCGGCUUGAAAUAUUCACCAAUAUUUCCAGUGUAUGCAAAGAUACUUUCUCAGAGUUUCCCCCCUUUUCUUCCUGUAUUGAAUAGAUUCACAACGACUCACUCUACUUUUUAGCCUGAAAAUGCAAUGAAACGAGGCUGAUAUUUUAGAAUACUUUCAGGGAUCGGACUAAAACUUGCCUUUUGGUAGUUUCUUGUAGACGGGUUAGAGAAUUAGACUCUUUCAACAUUUAAAAGCUGACUACCGUACACAGAUUUUUAAGAGGCUGUAUUUUUUGUAUAAAUUUUAUUGACUAUGCUGAAUGUAUCAUUGUGGUGAAGGUAGAAUUUAGUCGUCUUUUAUGUAUAGUUGCCAAUUUGAGUAUCACACCAUGUUUUAGUACAAUGAUCAGUGUAGAAAAAUAUAAUGAUGUUAUUCUAUACGGACUUGUUCAUAUAUGAUUGAUUCAUGCUAAUGACGGUAAUAGCGGAAAAAGUAAAACUUUUCCUGAGAUAUUUUUACUAGAGGUAUGAAAAUCAUGCAAUUUUUUGCGGAAUGACUUCAAUUUCAGUCUUUCUCCUGGGUAAUUUUUACACUUUUUUCACAGCUUUUUAAUUUGUAAUGAAUGUUUGAUACGAGAGCAUUGGUUUUCAUGAUUAUGUAUGUAGUGACACAGGAUAGCAUACAAGUUAUGUAAUUAUGUAGAACAUACUCUUUUGCAUGGUGAUCUUGCUAGUUUUAAUAUGUCUGUUUUUAGGGAGAUAUGGUGUUUUAUGAAAUUUAUUUCUUCUUUCUGUAUUAAAAUUCAUCUUGUAGAGAAAAAAAAA